AUGGCGGCAGAACAAAGAAAGCUGCUCGAGCAGCUUAUGGGAGCCCACUCGGGCAAGUCUCCGAAGCAAGCUAACAUUGGUCUUCUUGUAGCUGAUCAACUCAUUGGGGCUGGCGCACAGGGUCGCAAUUCCCAGCUCUCCAUCACGGAUCCUAAAGUCUGCCGCUCCUACCUCGUUGGCAGUUGCCCGCAUGACCUGUUCACCAACACCAAGCAAGACCUCGGACCCUGUCCUAAGGUCCAUAGUGAGGGCCUGAAGACCGAGUACGAUACUGCAGCCUCUGCGGAUAAGGCGAAAUGGGGAUUCGAGUUCGACUACCACCGCGAAAUGCAGAAGCACAUCGAUGACUGUGACCGCCGUAUCAACACUGCCCACCACCGUUUGGAAAAGACGCCUGAUGAGAUUCGGCAGACCAAUGACCUUCUCAAACAAAUCGCCGAUCUCGCGAACACGAUCAACUCUGGUCUUCUUGAAGUCUCCGUUCUGGGCGAGACGGGGUCUGUUUCUUUGGCUAUGAGUGAAAUGCACAAGGUCCGCACGGCCAAGCACCAGAAGGAAACCGUGGAGCGCGAGCUCAAGAACCUGCAAGAUACCUCUGGUCCAUCCGGCCACCAGAAGCUGCAGGUUUGUGAUGUUUGCGGUGCCUACUUGUCCCGUCUGGAUAAUGAUCGCCGACUGGCGGAUCACUUCUUCGGCAAAAUGCACAUGGGAUACUCGGAAAUGCGCAAGAACUGUAAGAAGCUCACCAGUGAACUGAAGGGUCGCGCUCCGCCAGUGCGUCACAACGAAGAAGAUGAUAACCCUUACACAUCUAACGGUCGUACCGGCGGUGGUCGGGGUCCUCGCUACGGUGGUGGCGGAGGCGGAGGUGGAGGAUACAGACGCCGCGGUGGUGGAAGAUGGUGA